CACACCAGCAGCGGUCUGAUUCUGAAAGAGGGGCCGUGAAAACAUUAUUGUGUUCAUCUGUAUCGAGCAACUUCACGCUUUACCGAUCUAUCUACAUCAAUAAACGAACAAUGAUCGAGCAUCCGGUGACCAGCAGAUGAGCCAAAUCUGAUCGUCGCUGAAAGAAAGAGGCGAAAGUUGUGAUUUUUGACAACAUGGCUAGCUGCGGCGAGGUAAAUGUUUCUGUGGACACCCUGACUUCAGGCAAGAAGGUGAGUGGGGAUUCUGUGACGGAUGGAAGUCCGUCUCCUUCCCUUCCCGUUCCGGAAUGUGCUAUCUGCCUGCAGAGCUGCGUCCACCCAGUAUGUCUGCCGUGCCAUCAUAUUUUCUGCUUCCUCUGCGUCAAGGGAGCUUCCUGGCACAGCAAACGCUGUGCCCUCUGUAGACAGGAAAUACCCGAGGAUUUCCUGGAACGGCCCACUUUGCUUUCACCCGAAGAGCUGAAGGCUUCGGCAACAGGUGGGCACGGUACGGGGGCCAGUGGCCACGCGUGGUACUAUGAAGGACGUAACGGCUGGUGGCAAUACGAUGAGCGGACUAGCCGAGAACUAGAGGAUGCGUUUAGCAAGGGCAAAAAGAGUGCAGAGAUGCUAAUCGCCGGCUUCCUCUAUGUAGCCGACCUGGAGAACAUGGUGCAGUACAGGAGGAACGAACAUGGACGUAGGCGUAGGAUGAAGAGAGAUGUGGUGGACAUUCCUAAGAAAGGUGUGGCUGGACUUCGACUCGAUCCAGAUCCCAGCUCAGGGGUAGGAUCGGGAACAGUACCUGUUGGAGUGGCUGCAGUUGCAGAUUUAAACACAAGUGUGGACGGAGCUGCGGUUGAACGAGAAAGCUUGGCGGAUGGAGCGGACACUAGCGCAAACGGAGGGCGUCCUCAAGGCGUCUUUGCGCCUGCUCCCGUAAGACCGUCAACCGUCUUGGGUGGUCACCUGACUGGCCCUGCGGUGUCCUCCAGUGGCAUACAACUUGUUCAGGCACUCGCACAACUGAAUAUCAACUCCGUCGAGCCUGGAACAGACGAAGAUGAUGUCGAUGAUGAAGAAGACUCUGUUACUCCGGAUGCCUCAAGAUAUGAAUCUGAAUCCGGCACAAGCGAGGAUGAAGACGAGUCCAUUGGGGACGAAGGUGGAGUCGAUAGUGCGGAAAGCUCCCGGGGUAGGCAUAGACUGCAGCAGUUGGACAGACCGCCCCCUGGUGGUGGCCCUGCACAUAGCAGCGAUCGCUCCGGGUGCCCUGAUGGUCAGUGCACCGUUACGAAAGUCUGACCCCUGCACAACCACUGGACUCCUACCCAACAACCACAACCGCUGAGUAUUUUAAACCAAUCUCUGAAAUGCAAAAAAUUACAUGAAUGAACCAUUGAUUCGCAGAUUAGGAUAGGAUGGAGACUUGGUACAGAUGGAUUUAGUGUAAGAAUAGUACUUGUAUUUCUCAGUCUUAGGAGAAUGUACCAGGGCUGCGCUAUUUGAAUGGAAAUUACAGGCAAAACUACAAUAAAACUUGCUUUUUAUCAUACCUAUAAUCCUGAGAAUUAGUCCAGACAGUACAUUGUCAAGGUUUGCUUUAAAUCUAAGUGAGUAUUGCCAAUAAAAGCUGAUCAUUUGCAUUGCAUGAUGGUAAAACAUGUACUCAGUUAUUUUCGCAAUGUACAUCAACCAGUGUGCUAUGCAAUUUAUAAAAAUAAGAACGCCAAGCGUUAAUGAAGACAAACCUAUUUUAGUCAAUUUCAUAAAAAUCUGUCCUGGUCACAUUUAACGCCCAACAAUAAGGUCCCAUUUGUUAACAUUAACAACAUUAGUUAAAAUGAAAUAACAAUGAAAAAACUUUUACGCCAUUUGUUAAUAUUAGCAUGUCAUUUCAACAGAUAAAAUCAACAUUUGUAUUCGUUUACAUUCAUUAAUGCACUAUGAACUAACAUGAACUAAUAAUGAGGUUGAUGUUCAUUGUUAAUGAUACCUAAUGGAUUAACAUAUGUUAACGAAUGGAAACUUAUUGUAAAGUGUUACCAAAAAUUCGUAUUCCUUAUGAUUUGGUGGCGAAAUGUGACCCAGACAUGUUCUUGAAGUUGAAUGAGAUUCAUGAGAUUUUUUUUAUGUUUCCAUUAGGAGAUUUCAUUAUGUGUAGCCAGACUCAACAACAUCAUUCAGUGCUUAAGCGGUCACACAAUAAUUAAAUUAAUGUACUGUGGUGUAAUAAACUUUAAAUCUCUUAAUAAAGUAUGUCAUAUCAGUUUUACAUAGAGGAUUCUGCCAUGGCAUCAGAAAACAAUGAGCCACUUACACUAUUUUAGUAUGAUCAAAUUAAACUACAUCUUUGAGGAAAAUUGUACGCAUUGAAUCUGGUUUCAUUGGUUGAACGUCACAUUUACGCUGCAGAUACGUAAUUAAAAUAAGAAUUUAUAUUUAAGUUCUUUGUGAUCCGUCAUUUUCAUUUGAUUGUGGUAUUACAUUUCUAGAUCUAUAAUUGGUGAGAUCCUAAAGAACCAAGGAUUUAUUGUAGUUUUGCCAAAGAUUCCUCUUCAACUCAUUCUUGUCAUCAGACAUCGACCCAUCAUUUACAUUUUUUUUAUGAGAGGUUUAAAAUCAAAACUCUUAAAGGUGUGCGUGUGUGCAUUUUCUGAUAUUUUAAACAUCUUGUCUUUAUUCUAUUUGUCUCAUCUUGGUGUGCUUAUCUGUUCCAUGAUUUUGCAUGUGUUGCUGUGAGCGAUGGAAGGAGCCUUGGACUACGACAAACUUUAGGAAAGGGGCGAGUUUUAUCGGAUGUUGUAAUUGUAGUGUAGCCCUCAGACUGCUACAAACAGAGCACGAGAGUGGUUUUCAUGCAUAAGAGUCCGUUUUGAUGUUUUUUGAAGUUUUAAUGUUCAUUUCAAUCAUGAUAAUUCUCAUAUUCAUUCGUUCAUGUUCUUUGAUGUCACUGAAACAAAUUGAAAACUAAAUUCGAGAAUAUCUUCUUUUGGUGUAUUUUUGUUUUUAAUGUGUUGUUUUGUUACCAGUUUUAUCUGAAAAAUAAAGUGUUGU